GGGAACCAGUCUGUCAUUGCACGUUGCUUCAAAAGAUGGAAAAGAAGUGUCAGAAACAGAUGUCAGAGUGUCUGACAUAGCCUUGCUACAACCUCACCCUACACAUGCCUACAUUGGAGGACUGUCAGAUACAGAACCGUUUUCAUUAAGCCGUGACAUCUGGACAGGCUGCCUUGCGGGGCUGAAGCUCAACAGUCAGGUUGUGCCCCUCCUGCACACAUCCAGCGAAGGCGAGACACCACAACUCUGUACAAGCCAGUGUUCUGAGACACAUGGUGGCAGUUCACUGGUUUUUGAAGGAGCUGGAUUUCUGCACUUCCUGCAACAGUCUUACCACCAAGAAGGACAGUGCAAACUGUUCAUUUACAGUUUCGGACUCUUCAGUCAUCAGCAGCACUUCUACAUGUUGUGAACCAAAGACAGAGGUUUCUUCUUCGAGUGGUGCUUGAUGGUGGUGCUGUUAUGAUAGAUACCACGACUCCUUCAGAAUCUGUCAUUUUGCGCAGCCGUCAGAACAACUUGACUGAUGGCAAUUUUCACACAUUAAAGAUUAAGUACAGUGAUAGCACCACAUACCCAGAACUUGAUGGUAAGGAUGGUGCCUUCACCAUAGAAAAGGGAACACCUCGUUUGCUCACAGGUAUGGCAGAUGGUGUAGUAGCUGGAGCCUUUGUGACAAGUCAGCAUGGCUUUGAGAAAUCCAAUUACAGGCCCUUAAUCGGCUGUCUUCAAAAACUAGAAAUUGAUAACAAACCAUUGUCAAAGGAACAAGCCGACCAUGCCAUCGGUGUGUUUGUCGGUACAUGCCAUCAAGAAAGAGUGUGGUCAAGCUGUGUGCACUUUGACCUGAACAACAAAGGCAUCGACCUGGGCACCUUUGACAAGUCAGACAUUGUGGCUGUGCUGUUCUCUCCAAAUGCACGAGGGCCACUGCUUAGUUACACAAGAGAAGAGAAGUUUCAGGCCGAAAUAUCUUCAACAGAGUCGGGUCUGCACAUCAGCACUGGAGACAAAGAUGUCACUCUGAAACGUCCUGAUGGCAUCACAGAGCCUCUCAGCCUUCUGACCAUUACUGAUGAUGGCAAAAAUGUGAGAUACAAGGCAUGGGGGGAGUCAAAGGAAACCAACUAUGCAGGGUUCUGGUCAAUAGCCUCUGACAUCAACGGUCCUCAUCAGGUAACUGUGGGUCCUGAUGUCAACGACCCUCAACACUCACUGGUUGGUGAUGUGGCCCAACUAGUCAUUGGCAAUCGGUACAUCAACCUUGCGAACUAUGCACACAUCAAUGAUCUCCAGCCAUGCCAGCGCCCUCUGCCAGAUUUAGUGAUGCCAGAAGCAACCAACGCGAAGUUGCCUGCAUUGGUUGGCUUCUGACCUCACAGAAACAUGUUCUUUGGAAUUUGCUUGCUGACCCAGCUAAAUGGUGUGAACUGAUGAAAGCAGAGGGCUCAGCACUGCCUGCUGCAUAACUGUUUUAAAGCCAGUAAUCGUGUCAUCCAGUCCUAGGAAAAACAGUGCCUUUUAUCGACUUUGGUGAUGGCAAAAACAACUGACAGCAACAGUGUUUUCUUUCAGAGAUUCAUCUGAGCUUCGCAAACUCAGAAUAUUAAAAGCCAAUGACCUCGAGACUACAGUUGUACCAAUCCUGCUAGUGCUGUGAAACUCCACUGGAAAUCAUAGUGAUUAGUGUUCAGUAACCCUAUUGUCUCCACCUCUUUAUACUGGUCUGCUUAUCAUAGAUUUAUUGUAAUGCAGACUGUUGAAAGAAAAUGCCAUAGUUCAUUUUAUUGAUGAAUUCUGAAUAACUAGAUUACCAUAGUCUACAUUCUACUUGAUUUGGGGAUUUCCACUUUGACUAACACUUGUAAAACAAACAUACUUGGGCAGAGAGACUGGACUUGUCCUUUGUUGGCAUCCUUAAAAGCAUGCUAACUUGACUGUUUGGGUGACACUUUAUGUAGCUACUUCUUUAGCAGCAAACAGCUUGAUUAUUUAAAGCUUACAACUUACAUUGCAUCAAAUGAUGCAUGCAUUCAAGGUGUUCUGCAUCCGAUAUUAUGAAUCUUAUCAAAAUGACAAGGUUGUCUCCAAGAAUUCAUUUACAAAGUUUCUGUCCUUACUUAAAUUAUACUUGGUUAAAUAUUUCUGACAGCUGUUGAUAUUCUUUGAAGUCUUAAAAAAUUUUUAAGAAUUCUGUUGUUUAUACACAUUUUGCUAUUUGUGUUAUACACAAGUGUUUGUGCAGUUAUAAAGAGACUAUGUAGGUUGCAGUCACAAUUAGUCACAGGACUAAUACUAGUACUACACACUAGUACUAUGACAGAUUAUACCAAGUGUAUAAUCUAAGAAUUGGAUGGUGUAGAUGUAGGUGUUGACCACUGGUCGGGUCUAGUUCCAACCCCUACCAGAUAUUUAGGUGAACCUCAGAGACUGGCGUGCCCUGUAUCUCCAGGCACCAGGCAGUGCCAGACAGUAGAUACAGUGGGAAACUGCUUUCCUUGGACCAGUUCCACUGUUUGUUGAGCAGCAGAAGAUCAAUGGACCCAUAACAAAGCCAUGUGAGUUUUUCUGUUCAACUUUAUUGAAGUGCUGCACAUUCGUCUUCCUUCUCCCUCCAGGCUCGGCCCAGCUUUGUGAACUUUGUGCCAUUCUGUAGUGCGGGCUGGUAUAGAUCCUCCCAGUGAUUAAGACAUUCGCAACAGGAACAAGGAAGGAUCAAGAAGCAGAAAGGACUGCGACAACAUUACCGUCAUCCUCUGUUUAAAAAGGCCUCGUUAAAAUUUUGUUUUUGUUUCCCUUUAGUUCUACAUCGCAGUGUGUAUUAUUUUGCGUCCACAUCUGUUGGGUGGUUUAGACAGUCAUGUGUCAGUUUGUCCUGCAUUCCUUCAUUUUUGUGUGGGGCAUUUGCUCCCUUCAUCACUAUUUUAGAUUGUUGAUAAAUUUGUAUUGUUCACUU